AUGUCCUCCAUCGCUCGUGCCAUCCGCCCAUUUGCUUCCAGGGUCCUUACCCAGAAGCCUCUUGCCUCCACCUGCCAGGUUGCGCCUGCUUUCCGUUUCCCGCGGGGAACCAGGAGCUUCUCUCAGAGCCCUCUCUCCCAGCUGAAGAAGUACACAGAGUCGCACGAAUGGAUUGAGCUGGCCGACGGCGGCAAGACUGCCAAGAUCGGUAUCACUGAAUACGCUGCUCACUCCUUGGGUGAUGUCGUCUACGUCGAGCUUCCCGAGGUAGACCUCGAGAUCGUCGCCGGCGAGCCCGUCGGCGCUGUCGAGUCCGUCAAGUCUGCCUCCGAUGUCCUCUCCCCUGUCGCCGGAAAGGUUAUCAAGGGUAACAGCAUCCUCGAGGAUAAGGCCAAGACCAUCAACGAGAGCCCCGAGGGUGAGGGCUGGAUCGCUGAGAUUGAGGUCGCUGAUGUUGCUGAGCUCGAUGCCUUGCUCGAUGAGGCUGCCUACAAAGAGACUAUUGAUGCUUAG